GUUAUCCUUUCUUCGUCCUCUUCUUUUUUCUUCUUCUAACUUGCUCAGCCGCCGGCGCCCCUGUAGGUUAAAAAUCGAUAAUGUGAAAACAUUUUUCUCAUAUCGAUUUUUAAUUUAUGUUUCUUCCGUUUGCAGUCUCAUCUACCUUGGUCGCUGGUCGAAUUCUCCCCGCCGCAGCGUCCCGUUGAAGUGAGGGAUUUUGGAACACGUCUCCGGCAUCGAUCCAUCAGGUAGGUGGUUUUUCUAGCUUCUCCCUUCUCUUAUUUCUUCUUGUCCUGCUUUCCUUCCUCGCCAUGCCCUCGUCGGUGAAUUUUGUUUAUUCUAUUUUGCGUUUCCAUUCCCAUUUGUUCAUUGCUUGUUGUUAGGGUUGGUUGUUCAGCCACAACAACCAAUGGCCGAUAAGUUUGAAAGAUUUGUAGUAUUUUACAUUGUAGAUUGUCCUCUAGGUUUUAUUUUGAAGCUCCUUCUGUUAGAUUUAAAAUAUGCUUUUGUAUAUUUUUACACAUUGAGUCAUAUAUUUGGAAGUCUGAUGUUUUGUUAGAAGCAAACUCUGGUAUUGCGUGAUCCACCAUGUUGGUGAUGUGUUUGUAACACAGAUACUGAAAAUUCAUUUAGCCAGCAAAGUGCAGCACUUUUGAAUUUUUUACAUUGUUACUGUAUACAAUUGUGCCAAGUGAAUUUAUCGAUUAAGUUAAGUGUGAUGUUUUGUGCUGUUUGGUUUAGGAAUUUGGGCAUCCUACAUUAUGAUAAAUAUAUGUGAAAUUCCAAUGGUGUAUGGUUCUGUUUCAAUUUUCAUGAAGAUAUGACAGCUUCUCUGUUUGUGUAAUUGUAUUGCAUUUCAGUCAUAAUAUCUGGGAAAGAGUGCUUGUGUUGUGGAUUUUUUGGAUUUGAAAUUUUUCGGAUGGAAAAAGGGUUUUUGGAUAUUAUGUUUUGAAUAGAAAAUAGGUGUCGGAUGUGAUAAUUAAAUAGAGGGAAGAAGAUUAUUUUAGUAUAGAUUAUAUGAUGCAACAAGAUUUUUUUAUUUUUUUUAAAAAAAACCAAAGUGCACACACAAGCAAAGUUAAUAAAUACACUUUAUGAUUUGAUGGUUUUGUGAACUUUAUUUAUUUAUUGGUGUACCCUCCCAAGACUUUCACUCAUUUUAUCUUUUCAUUCUGCAAUAAUUGCAAUGAAGUACAAAAAUGAUCUAGCAACACUAUCCAAUAUAGAGUGCUUCUUUCCAAAACAACUUUGAAUUUUGUUAUUAUGUGUGGAUAUUUAAAUAAGUUUCAUUGGAUUCUACAGCAUAAUAUAUACAGAUUCAGACGCAUAUAUUGUUAGAUAAUGAUACAUACAUAUGCUGCAUAAUAUGAAUAUGAUAUCAUAUCUACACUCUAAGUAUUGGCUCCUUUGUCGGAACCAAUACCAUUUUUUUUGUUACUUGGUUGUAUGCGUCGAUUUGUCGGAAGCAACACCAUUUGGGCUAUUUUAACUGAAAAUGAGUGCAUAUUUAACUUGUGUUUUUUUACAGGAUACUAAAUUGUGGAGACAAAAGUGUGCAGUGUGAAUUCAGGAUAAGCAACAUUGAGUUUAACGGAAGAUGGAUAGGAGUUGGAUAGACGAUGCGAACCAUAUCUCGGCUCAAUAUUUGGAUGGGGUCAGGGCUUUCUUAGAUUUCGCAUUUAAAGAUCGUAGCUCUGAAUCUUGCAUCUAUUGCCCCUGUACAUCUUGCGGAAAUCGCUUAACAAAAUCUCGUAGAGAUGUCUUGCUCCAUUGUAUUCGUUAUGGAUUCGACCAAACCUACAAGGUUUGGACUUGCCACGGAGAAGGAGAGGUGAACCCUGCUGUUGCAAACGACAACAUGCCAAUGCGUUGGGAGGAGGAACUAGAACUUCUAUUGCGAGAGUGUGCAUAUACAGAGCACACCGAUCCGGGGCCCAGUGGAAAUGAACCUCAUAGGGAUGACGAAAAUGAACAUAUACAUCAUGGCAGUAAGGGGUAUAGAAAGAUGUUAGAAGAUGUAGAGAAAGAGCUCAUACCAGGGUGCAAGAAGAUGAGUAGACUCUCGUUUAUCGCACGGCUUUUGCACUUGAAGGUUUUGUGCCACUGGUCUAAUAAUUCUAUUGAUUUGCUGUUAGAGCUGUUACGGGAUGCACUUCCAGACGAUGUUGUCCUUCCGAAGAACUUCUAUGAGGCUAAUAAGCUGACCAAGGACUUGGGGUUCACAUGCAAGACUAUCCAUGCGUGCAUCAACAAUUGCAUGUUGUUUACCGGGGAAGAUGUUGACCGUGAGGUUUGUGUUGUGUGUGGGGAAAAGCGAUUUACACAGGGUAAAGAUAGAUCUCCAGUGAAGAAGUUAAGGUACUUUCCAUUAAUUCCGCGAUUGCAGCGAUGGUACGUAUCUUCCAAAACUGCAUCUUCUAUGAGAUGGCAUGCCGAAGGGCGUGUAGACGAUGGCAAGAUGCGUCAUCCAGCAGAUAGUCCUGCGUGGAAGAGUUUCGAUCAUCGGUACCCGACGUUCUCUGAGGAGAUUCGCAACGUACGCCUCGGUCUGGCCACUGACGGUUUCAACCCUUUUGGGAAUAUGAGUGUGAGUUAUAGUAUUUGGCCCGUCGUACUUGUGAUAUAUAACCUACCUCCGUGGCUGUGCAUGAAGCAACCAUCGUUCAUCCUCUCUACGAUUAUAGACGGCCCGCAUGGCCCGGGGGAUCGGAUUGAUGUCUUCCUUCAACCUUUGAUCGAUGAGCUUAAGGAGCUUUGGUAUGAUGGUGUUCGGACGUACGAUGCGAGUACUAAGGAGGAUUUCCAGAUGCGAGCUGCAUUGCUGUGGACUAUUAGUGAUUUUCCCGGUUACGGUAUGUUGUCAGGGUGGCCGACUCGUGGGGCGAAUGCAUGCCCUGUUUGUGGUUUAAAAACUCAUUCCAGAUACCUGAAAAAUGGACAUAAGUAUAGCUAUUGCGGGCAUCGACGGUUCCUGCCGGCUGGGCAUAGAAUGCGCUUUGAUAAACAUGCAUUUGACGGUUCGAUGAGCUUUGACGGAAAGCCUUCUCGCUUGACCGGCGCUGAACUUCUGCAGCAGCUUCAGGAUAUGCCUACUGAGUAUCGUACGGUUGACUUGAUUGAGAAACGCAUUGCACAGGGGUCUCGCAAGCGUCGCCGGGGGGUGGACGGGCAGCAACAGGUGUGGAAAAAAAAGAGCAUAUUCUUUCAGCUCCCUUAUUGGUCUGAGAAUGAGGUACGUCACAACCUCGACUUGAUGCACAUUGAAAAGAAUGUGUGUGAGAAUGUACUUUGA